AACUGAUAAGUAAAACUGACUUGCUUAGUCUCAGCGGAAAGACUCUUCAUGUGACAACAGGGUCAGCACCUGCUCUGAUCAACUCUCCUGAUGCUCUGCUCUGCCAGUAUAUCAACUUGCAGUUAAUGAACGCAAAACCACAAGAAUGUCAGAAAGGAACAGUGGGAACUCUUCUAAUGGAAAACCCUGUUGGUCAGAAUGGAUUAACAUACCAAGGUCUUCUACAUGAAACAGCAAAAGUUUUCGGGCUCAGAAGCAGGAGGCUAAAAUUGUUCCUGGAUGAAGCGCAAACUCAGGAGAUCACAAAGGACAUCUCCAUGAAGAACCUGAACAUGAAGACUGUGUACGUUCAUGUUAUACCCACCACAGCUGAAUGUUGAGAAUUCCAUUUUUAUGAAUAAAACCAUGUAGACUCUUUUCCACAAAAAAUGAAGUCAAAUUAAAUUAGUAUGCUUUUAGAUUAACAUCCAAGUUGUGUAUGGUACUUUUAACAUCUCAAAUUGUACACAGGAUGUUUUCUACUGGUGCAUGUCUAAUAUGCUGCUCUUUGGUUUCAAAUACAAUGUAUUUUCAUUAUGUUAUGUUAUGAAACUGUAAAAGCUGUUCAGAAAAAUGUCAGAACUCCUUAACCUUGGAUAUCUAUGCAGUAAUUUGCCUGAAAGAAAUGGGACUAGUACCUCAGUGAUGCUGUUCUCUGCCUGUCCUUUAUGCAGGGCGCAUCUUUCAUUUUCUAAACCAUGGGUUACCUACAAGGCUCUACGGUAUCUGUACCAUGUUACAAUAGU